AUGCACGAGGCUUGGCUAGUUAUAGGUGAUUUCAAUAAUGUUUUGUCUGUUAAUGAUCGACUCAAUGGGAAACCUGUGCAACAAGCUAAACUUGUGGAUUUUCAAGAAUGCAUAAGAUAUAUUGGACUAGGGCAAUUGAAUAGGAAAGGGUGUCAAUGGUCAUGGUAUAAUAAAAGGGAUGCAGAGAGUAGAAUAUACAACAAUAUUGACUGGGCAUUUGGGAAUGCUUCUUGGCUUACUCAUUAUAGUAGCCUAGAGGCAGUUUUUGAAUUGCCAGGAGUUUCUGACCAUUCCCCUAUUAUUAUUAACACUAAUAUAGCCAAAAAUCACCUGCCAAAGCCAUUUAGACUAUAUAAUGUGAUGUUGAAUCAUAAGGAGCUUGAAGGGGCUGUUCAUGAGGUGUGGAAUCAACAAGUACAUGGACAUACUAUGCACUCAAUCUGGCUGAAGUUACAGAGGUUGAAAGAUAAGACAAAACAUAUGAAUAAGGAAAUGUCUUCACUGGACAAAAAGAUUGGCCAACUCAGGGAGCAACUGCAGAAUACUCAAGGAGAGCUUGAUGAAGAUCCAUUCAACAUUCAGCUAAUAACCAAUGAAAAGGAGUUGCUACUGUAG